GAGAUUUUAAUUAUUUUUUUGUGUUUCAGAAUAUUUUUAUUAUUUUAAUUAUCCCGGAUGCAGCCAGGCGGGCGUUUUUUGCUGCUUUUCAAUCGCUUUAGCUCUACGUUCUUUGUUUCUUUUCUUCAUUAUACUUGCUGGUGUUUGGAUUUGUUUAUAGUUUGAGCUAUUGUUUUAAGUUAGAGGUGAGGUUUUGCAGGGUUGUUUUAGUUCGAAAUGGUGCCGAAUAAAUGCGUUGGAGAUUUGCUUUGUAUGCCAGCAUUUUGGAUGGUAUUUGCCAGUUUCAGUUGUCUAGUUUCCUUCGUAGAUCACAGGCCUGCGUUCAUAGCUUGAUGUUUGAAUGCAUUUUAUAGUACUUUUUUUUAAAUGCAUUUUAUUAUCGUGGCGAAAGAAUAGGUAGGAAUACCUGCGUGAAUUGUUUGCCUAAUUGAAUAUAAUGUGAAUGUGAAAAUGGAAGAUACUAUAGUUGUUUAACUCUACUCCUUAAGAAGAUACUGUUUUUGUCAUUGCUGGACAUAUUUUCAGUUUAGCAUAAAGAACAUUAUAAGUUGUAAGGUUACCUGAUAUGGAAUCAAUUUGGGACACAGAUGUAGCAUUUGUAAAGAUUCUGGUCUUCCAAAAUAGAACCAUCAUCAUCACUUAGCUAACUGCAGGGGAUUAAAUAAUCUGAAACAAUGGAAGCUGAUGCAUUGGAAAGGUUGAGAAAUUGCGAGGGAGCAUAUGAUCUUGAUAGUGAUUCUGAGGCCUAUGUUGACGACUCAGUUGAUGAUGACCUUUGCUACGCAACAGGUGACAUACCCAAGUUGCAAUUUAGAAAGGAGGCUUCGAAGGCACAGUGGGUGCAAGAGUUGGGAAUGGCUGAAGUACUGGAGAAAAAAGGCAAAAUGUGGAUUACAACUGGAAUAGUUCGAGAUGGAAAAACUUAUCUUUCGAUGGAAGAAACUUUGUAUUUGGCUGAAAUUGGUGCAUUGAAUGUCAUCGGUGUUGAUGGUACACAACUUCCUUUGAAUGAUCUGUAUGGAAAGGUAGCAGAAGACAAGAAUAGGCAUGGAUGCUCUUGGGAAUCUUUUGAAGUUUUCCGGCACCUCAAGUUUCUCGGUUACAUUGUUGGCCGCCAUGGUGUCCCUUGGACUAUUAAGAAAUUUAAAAUUAAGAUUGAUGAUCGCGAAGAUAUUACAGAACAUGGCAACGGUAAAGAACAAGUAUUGGAAGACAACCAUUUCAUCAUCAAGCAUUUUAGUAACUUGCACUUGGAUGAAAAAAGACCAAUAUUUGAUGUUUACUCUCCUAAUAGCAAGUUUAAAAAGUCUGCCCCGGGUGCUCCAUCUUUUCAUCUUUGCCUUUCCAGCGGCCAACCUCCGUCAAAGAAAGAAAUCGAAGAUCUUGAGGCACAUUACAAUGGGUGUCCGGUAAAGUUUUGUACAGUUGAGCAUGGGCGGGUCAGUUUCUUUUCGUUCGACCAAGUUGAGCUGCCCAUCCUUCCAUAACUGUUAAUACUGGUCAAGGAGCCAAAAAAAACAAAAAGUAUGAGUUUUUUCUUGUAUGGAGAAACCGAAGAGAGAUGAGAUGCAAGGAAAGUCCUCGAUUUGCAGGUAUAGAGAAAUCGAUAGUGAAAAAAGGUGAGGAAAAUUAAAGUUCUUGUAGAAUGUUAGAAUAUAUUGAGGCAAGAAGAGAUGAAGAAAUUUAUUAACAAUUACAUAUAAUGGUCUCACUUGUAAUCUAAAGCAUCAAACUGAUCAAUAGCAAAAGUGAUAGAAAAACAAGUGUGAGUUGAAGGAUGUAAGGUAUAAUGUCGAAAGUAUUUUCGAAUAAUAAGAGUUUGUUUUGCAAUUCCAAAGCAUUUUGGUUAUGUAGGGAUGACAAUAUGUUUGAGUAGACCCGGAUGUAAAUUCGACCCAUUUAUUUGUGAUUGGGUCCAAUUAUUCGGGUCAAAGGUGGAUCCUGUUCGGAUUCGAUUAAUAUAUUAAUAAUAUAUCAAUUAUAUAUAUGAUUUUUGAUACUUACAUUGAGACGACUUUGAACUAUUAAAAGCAAUAUGCAUUAGAUUAUUGAAUAGUGGCAAUAAAAUAAACUAUUUUAA